AUGUCUGAAAAGAAAUUUUCUAAGAUUCCAGAUCCAACACCAAAUGGAAAAACUUUAAGCCAGCUUUUCCAAUCAAGCUCCGAAUCAACCCCUACUUCCUCUCGCCAAUCAUCUCCAUGCUAUCGACCUCUUAAAUCUCCAAUGAGGACUCCUUUGCGCGAAGAUUAUCUCUCUCCAAGUAUUCCAAAUACUCCAAUUGUCAAAGCUAUUUUGGAGUCUCCAAGCGCUUUCAAAAGAUUUUUUGCAAACAGUUUUGUUUCUUACUUCACUUUCUUUAUGCUAUUGUUUUCAAUGACAUUCACAUAUUUCCCAGCUAGAAGAUAUUUGGAGUCUAAGCAUCAAACGAUUCCAGAUUUUUGCACAACUGAAAACAUUACCAAAUGGGAUGGUGCCAUUAGGGAACUUGUUGAUAAGAAAAUUACUGAAGCGCAUACAUAUUAUGAAAAUAUUCCUUUGGAAGAAAUUCUCAAAUGUUACGAUAACUACGUUAUAAAGGGAGAAAAUCCAGGGGUUCUUAUUUACAAGUUCUCUGACCAUCAAGAGUUAAUCAUUGGCGUUAUCUUUAUGAUAAUUUCUCUUUCUCUUCAUUUACUUGCUUUUUAUGGCAACCACAAGUGGUAA